AUGAGUUUUAUGGAUUGUACCGACCCAUAUUCAGAUCAGUGUGAUCUUUUAAAAAGGCGUUUAUUAGAUGCAGAAAAAACGCUGGAAAACAAAAAUGUCCUCAUUGAAAUGCUUCGCGAGCAACUCAAGCUCAUGGAGGAGAGGCACAAAGACACUCUCGACAUCAAAGAGCAACUGAGAUACAAAUAUUGCUCUAUAAAGCAGGGAUUCUUAAAGUCCAAGAAAAUUUGCCAAAAAAUGGUGAAUAAUUACAACUGGAUGUAUUUUAGCGAUAUAGGUAUAACCUGCUCAGUAUCAAACACCACAUGCAACGAAAAAGAAAUUCUUACAUACUCUGAUCAAGAAUUGGUCAAUUGCAUUUGUCCUCAACCAAUUGAAUUUGUAAAAAAUGAUGCAUGCUGCGAAUCCUGCGGACUGAAUAGAAACAAACUGAUGAAGAUGGAGGACCUUAUAAGCGAAUACACAGACGUUAUAGGAAAAUUGGAGUUUGGGCUUAAGUUUUUCGAUGAAUUCAAUCAGAAUGAGUCUGUAGGAGACUCGUGCAACUGCCAAAAUGAUAUACAAAACCUCAUACAAACGAUCAACAGCAUAGUUAAAGAUAAGGAUUUCUACAGGAACGAAAUCAUCAAACUCAGCGCCCUAUUUAAAAACACCUCAUCCAGAGAAAAAGAUUUUCUCAUUGAGAAACUGCAGAAGGAAUCCAAAUGUCUCGACAAGAAGGUUGCAAAUUUAGAAGCAGAGUUGAAGGAUAAAGAAGAGGAAUUAAUCAAUAUUCAAGUUGAGCCGUGCAAGCGCGUUGAUACCUCAACUUUGACGGACAACAAAAAAAGCCUAGACGUGUACAGCCAAGCGGAAUCGCCAUGUUAUCACACCCAUACCUCAACUGUGACAGACAUUAAGAUAUGCACAGAUCAAGACGAUUUUUCAGAACAGAAUGAAGAAUUGCGUAUGAGCUAUGCUAUGCUAUGCGAGUGCAAGCAAAACGCUGCUGAAGCUGAAAGGAACAGAAAAGAAAUCGAGAAAGUUCAAAAACUACUAUUGGAAAAUGAACAAAAACUUAAAUCACUACAGGAAGAAAAUGAAAAUAUAAAGAUGGACAAUGUCUCCCAAAAAGAAAAGGCAGAACUGUAUGAAAAAGAAAUUAUAAACCUUAAAGAAGACAUUAAAACAUACAACAAACAAAUAGCGACAUACGAAGAUGAAUACGCCUAUUUAAAAUCCGAAAUUACUAAAUUGAAUACAAAUGAAGAACUAGACAAAGAAAUAGAAAGAUUACAGCAAUCCCUGACUAAAGUAAGCAUGGAAAAUGAAACAUUAAAAGUGAAUUACCAAGUGUUGUCAGGAAAAACUGCUGACUUGGAAGAAGAAAAAAAUGAGCUACAAUGUAAAUUUGAUGAUGAAAGAAAAGAAACUAAUUCUUUGCAAUAUAAGAUUGAAAAUAUAGAAACAGAAAGGCAGGAUUUGAUAAGUCAAAUUGAUUUAUAUAAAGAAGAUAUAGAGAGAUUAGAGCAAUCCCUAAACACAGCAAAUAUAAAAAAUGAAACAUUACAAUUUAACAACGAAGUAUUGUCGGAAAAAAUUGCUGUUAUAGACGAUGAAAAAAAUGAGCUACUAUGCCAAAGUGAAGAUGAAAGAAGAGAAACUGAAUCUUUGCAAUGUAAACUUGAAGACGCAGAAACGGAAAGGCAGAAUUUGGUGGGUCAAAUUGAAACAUACAAAGAAAUUGUACAAAAUAACGUAAAAGAACACGAAUAUUUAGAAAAAGUAAAUGAAGACCUAAAAGCCAAGUUAGAAGAUCUUGAUGUUCAAAAUAAAAAAGUCCUGAUAAAUAAUGGUGAACAAUGCGAUUUGCCAGCAAGAGAAUGUGUAGAGUGCAAAAAGGAAAGAAAAGUAUUGUGCGAAAACAUUCACGAAAUGCAAUGUGCAAUUGAUAGUUUAGAAGCCGAGAAAAAUGAGUUGAUGGGUCAAAUUGAUUCCUACAAAGAUAUGGAAACAAUUUUACAAAACAACGAAAAAUGUUCAAGUGAAUAUUGCGAGCGCAUUAAAAUUGAAAAUGAAACCUUAAAGGCUGAAAAUGCUGAAAAAGUAUUGAAAACAACCGAAAUGCAAUGUGCAUUUGAUAAUUUAGAAGCCGAGAAAAAUGAGUUGAUGAGUCAAAUUGAUUCCUACAAAGAUAUGGAAACAACUUUACAAAACAACGAAAAAUGUUCACGUGGGUAUUGCGAGCGCCUUAAAAUUGAAAAUGAAACCUUAAAAGCUGAAAAAGUAUUGAUAACAACCGGGGAACAGUGCGAACUGGCUAUUUGCAGAUGCGGAAGUAAAAUAAUUAAAUUAGAAACACAACUGCAAAAUCUGACGACUUCAAACGCAGAAGUCAUGAAGGAAAAGGAAACAGCAAACCAAGAAAGCCAAGAAAUGGCCAAGAGCAUCCUAGAUAUGCAAACCAUUGUGGAAAACUUAAUGAAGGAAAAGGACGGUAUGGAGGCUGAAGUCCAGGACUUGCAACUUCAAGCGGACACGUACAGGAUGAUCAGCAAACAGCUGGAAAGUGAAAAAUGCGAACUACUGGAUGCGAUAGAAACGAUGGAGACGCAAGUCUGCGCAGAAAACGACGCGCUAAUCAAGAGACAAGUAACAGACUUGGAAGAACUGGAAGAAAAGUAUAAAGAGUUGAAAUCUUUAUCCGAAAUUCAAGAGAAUGUUUUCAAAACGAGGCUUUUGGAGAAAGAAGAUGAAUUCGAUGCAAAAAUGAUGGAUGUAAACAAGUUGAUGGACGAUGUAUGUAGCUCUUGCCCCAAAUUGAUGGAAAUAAUGAAAAAACAAACCACGAAAUGUCAAAAUGUGGACGUAUACCGGUGGAUAGAGAGAAAGGCGAAGCUUUUGAAAAAACACAUUUCUAAAGUGUGCCAAGAAUCCAUUGAAGUUAAGCAGUCGUUGAGCAACAUUCAGGAUGUAGUGGAAAAUGUAUGUUGGCAGGAGAAAGGCAAAAGUUUGGAGAAAAUUGAGUCAAAACUAAAAAACGAAAAAACUAAAUGUUACAAUAAACCUUGCGAAUGCGUCGAGAAAUCUAAAGAAGAAAAAGAAAAUAUUGAACCAGACACUACGGAGAAAAUUAAAGCAAUAAGUGAUAACUUGGAGCAAGCAACAGAAAAAGAGGGACAAGAUAGUAAAAAAGAAGGGACAAUUUUUAAGAAGAAAGAAAAAGAAGAAAGCUCGAAAAAAAGUAGUAAAAUGGAAUUGGCGGAAGAAAUUAAAAACAAAGAAAAAUCGCCAUUAAAAAUGCUACAAGCUGAAAGUAAUGACUUAACACCUGAAUGGCCUAAAAAAAAGACCCCUAUAAAAACUGUGGAGGUGGAAGAAGUGUUAAGCCCAUUUUCUCGUCAUCUCAGAUUUCCGGAUAAAAGGCUCAGAAAAUGGAAAGAAAGAAAAACUGCCAAGUGCUAUCUCAUCCCAAGCUUGGAGAAAACAUAUCAUAAAGCAAGAACAAGAAAAAAUAAACAAACUAGAAGCUCAGCAGAAGAAAAAAGAUGA